AUGUGUAUACAAUAUAUAUCUAUCUAAUCGUAUCUCUCUCUAUCCUCGAAAAAAUUUCGGAAAUCUGAAAAAAGAGGGAGAAAUGGCGAGUGGUGGAAAAGUGUCUUUCAAAGUCACUCUUACCUCCGAUCCAAAGCUCCCUUUCAAAGUGUUUAGCGUUCCUGAAGCAGCCCCAUUUACGGCUGUCUUGAAAUUCGCAGCCGAGGAAUUCAAAGUCCCUCCUCAAACCAGCGCUAUCAUCACCAACGAUGGUGUGGGAAUCAAUCCUCAGCAAAGUGCAGGAAAUGUCUUCCUCAAACAUGGUUCUGAACUUCGCUUGAUUCCCCGCGACAGGGUGGGAGCCUUUUCAAUGGUGAAAAGUUCGUUGUUAUCAGAGUGAGAAGACAAGUUAUGACCUUGUUUGGUUAUGUUGGAUCUAUUUUCUUAGUAUGUUUGUACUUUUACUCAAGUGUGUGUAGAACAGAGCUGAUAACAUUUUUUUUAAAGAAAUGAUAUAAGAGCUCUAUAAUUUAUAGACCAUUAAUGUUAUGUACGGACUUAUGGUGCGUUUACUUGUUA